GUCUGACACUCGGAUGAAAUCUGUUGUCUUUUCGAAACAAGUGUUCCCCUUUUAUAGGAGAACACCCGGUGCACAUGGAAUGCAGCUUAUUCUUGUGCAUCACCGCAAUGUCUCAAAGAUGACGGUACAGGCAAUGGCAAUGGAACGAGUAAAAGACGUGCUGCUUUAAAAAUAAAAUUAUUCUGUGCAGAAAAUACUUGUUUUCUUCGUACGUUCACGCACGAUGAUCUCGUUACAGCAAGACAACAAUGAGUAUGUUGUAGUGGUCAGUGCUCUCUACCACAGGUGGAUCUGGAUUGAUCUGGAAGCGUGUGAAAACUGGUUAAAGGAUUUUUUGCUUUUCGAUUCCCUUUUGUGUUAUUAUUCCACAUUGCACAAGAAUGACUGAACCAAGAACACAGGGCAUGUAUGCGCAGAUGGUAUAAAUACGGCGUGGUGGAUUCAUGUAACAGCAGAGUUGAAUUAACCGUCUUCAGCAACACUGAUAACAAUUUCUCAUAAGCAAUCAUGAAGUGCAUCGCAGCUGUAGUCAUGAUGGCCCUGGCCGUUGCCGACGCUGGACUCGCCCCGCUGUACUAUGGUGCUCCAUUGGCCCUGGCCGCUCCGCAUACGACGGUGGUGCAGAGUAACUCGGAGCCGAAGUUGAUCGCCACCGCUCCAGCGCUUGCUCCUCUUGCAUACGCCCAUGCCCCACUGGCCUAUGCUAAUGCUCCGUUGACCUACGCCGCUCCGUAUUACUAUGGUGCUCCGUUGGCCUACAGCGCACCGGCUCUGAUCUACCAGAAGGAAGCUCGCUAUUUGGCCGCUAACCGAGGCGCAAUCCACGAGGCACCCCUGCCAGGGCACGCUUUCUCUCAACAGCAGCUGAACCUGGAUGCUGCACCAGGAUCAGACUAAUAUCCUUUGUCCACACCAUCAAUCUGAACGCUUGUGUUCAUGCUAUGUGAAAAUUAUAAAAGAAAUUUGACCGGAAAAAUGCUGUGCUGAUAAUAAAUCCUAACAUUUUGGACACCCAAAGCAUUCAAUAUGGAUUAUGAAGAUUAGAAAACAUGAUUGUGAGAAAUGUGAAAUUAUCUUGAUGAACGAACACAAAGCACCGUAAACAAGUUCUUUGUCUUCAGCC